AUUUCCUUGUCUCAUGAUUAGCUUCAUUUCCCAGGCAUCUCAUCCAAAAGAAGGCAAACACGGCAAGGACGAAAUAAAAAGCAAUAUGUAUGAGUAUGAAUGUAGGCAUUUAGACUGGCAAGUUGAAGAAGUGACUUUCAUUCCAAUCACUACUUUUAAAUAAGCAGAGAUGAAUGUCGUCAUGAUCUUGUUGUCUGCUUUGCCUGUCGCAAUUUCAUUACAAAUCCACCUGAGCAAAGAACAGAAUUUCAAGAACUGGACAAUGCUUUCAAGAGAAAUUGGCCAAGACUCUUCUCCUACAUUGUCCUGUGGAUUAACAUAUACUGAAGUCACUUUCAAGAAAAGUGACCUAAUAGCUUGGAAGGUGGAUGUCCCAAAUAUACAUCUAGAACACAGUACGUGUGCCGAGCUUCUGUAUAGCAGUGACGCAGUAAUAGUACGAUGGCAGAAUGGAAUGGAAGAAUGUCGGAACACAAUAACUAAAACUGAUGCCAUGGUAACAUUUGGGAACACUAUUCACUUGCCUCCUGAUUCAUCACCAGUUAUAGAAGAGAUUUUUGUGAAUGUCAAGUGCAGUUAUCCACUGAAUAUAAAUGUAUCUCUUGAAAGCGUCUUGACGCCUGACCUAAGCACAAUAAAUAUGAACAUUGGUGCCAAUGGAAAGAUUACAGUGGGCAUGGCUUUGUAUAAGGAUUCAGGAUACAGCACACCAUAUGAAGAAGCAGUAGUUAAGAUAUCAACAAAAUCCUUGUUGUAUGUUGGAGUAUUUAUCAAAGAAUAUCAACCAUUGUUCCACAUUGUAUUAAAAAAUUGCUUUGCCACUCCUACAAAUAAUAUUUAUAAUCCAACAAAGUAUUUCAUCAUUGAGAAUGGAUGUCCUAAUACGUAUGAUGGCACCAUAAGUGUGUCUGCUAAUGGUAUCUCAACUGAAGCACAGUUCUCUCUACAAAUAUUCAGAUUUAUUGGUGAAUAUACAGCUGUCUUCCUGCACUGUGAGGUUUAUCUUUGUGAAAAGACUUUAUUGUGUUCACCUAGUUGCCCCAGAAGUGGCUUGCGGAGUGAAACACAUGAAUCCCAAGGUGUUUUGAGAGUUGGGCCCAUUGUUCUUCAAGAAGAUAACAGUGGAGCUGGAAAUUGCUUGGAUAAACUGACUUUUGCAGCAUUUCUACUGGCGUUUUCUUUUUUUACAUAAAAAUUGCUGUCAGUCACUCAUUGAUCAACUGGGUGAAUUUUGCAUUUUUUUCUGAUAAACAUAUGCAGUUUGUCAGUUAGUCAAUCAUAACUUGAGAUUUUGGGGAAAAAAAAAAAGAAAUAUAUAUAUAUAUAUAUAUAUAUAUAUAUAACAUUUUUAAUAUUUAUAUGAUUGUAUAGCUUGUUUAUUUGAAUAUAUUUAAUUUAUAAACAAUACAUCACUCUCUAUUUUGUUAAUUCUGACCUCA